UGCAAGAGUAGUACUCAUGGUACUUUUAAAUCAGCAAGAUAGUACACUUGAUGCAUUUUUUUUUCACCCAACCACCAAAACCACAAAGGUCCUUCUAUGGAGAUUAUCUCACCGCAAGGAAACCGUAUAAAUAGAGAGCCAUCUCCGUGAAUGAUUAAGUUAUCAACGAACACGCCAGCAAAAUGAUGUACAAAUGGGCAACGUUCAUCACCCUCUGCGUUGUGCAGAUCAAUGGCUAUGUUAUCGUUGACCCAGAGCUGGGAGUAGAUCCUGAAACACUUUUGCCCAAUGUGGACACAAGUGGCAUAAAUGGAUUGUCAGCAACUGGACUAUACUGCAACACCGGAACACGUCAAUCUCCUAUUGAUAUCCCCUAUUGUGUCCAGAAAAGCUUGUCUGCUCUUAGAAUUGAAGGACACAGUGAUAUUAGGCCUGAGGGUUUUACUAUGUUGAACACUGGAAGCACAGCUCAAAUUAGCUAUAACGGGCUUCCAGUGCCAACAUUGUCAGGUGGUCCACUGCCUAAAGAUUCCACCUACGAAUUUGUACAGGCGCAUUUUCACUGGGGGAAUGACAACGUAGAAGGAACAGAGCACGCUAUUCACGAUACCUAUGGUGCAUUAGAAAUCCACUUUGUUCACCGCAAGAGCACAUACAGUGACUUAGCGACAGCUAUCCAACAUUCAGACGGCCUGGCUGUGUUUGGAAUUAUAUUUUCUGAGCAAGCAACUAACAACACGAGGCUUGAUAAGAUUAUUCCAAAUCUAGCUAACAUCAUAACGGAGGGCACAACAACCACGCUUGAUGAAGACGCUAUGGUCUGGCUUGAUGAAGUAAUCUCGGCUUUCCAGUACUACAACUAUCCUGGCUCGUUGACCACAGGAGAUUGCAAUGAAGUCGUCAACUGGAUCGUCAUGAAGAGGAAAAUUGGAAUCUCAGCGGCGCAGGUCGCCAAGUUUAGGAAUUUGAUCGGAAAGGAUGGCUAUCCCAUCGAGGAAUAUAGGCGCCACAUCCAAAAUCUGAACAACAGAGUCAUUAAAUGUGCAAGAAAAGAUACCUCUAGGUUCCAUUGAAAUAAAAAUAUUUUCAGUGUA